AUGCAAUUAUUACGACUCCUAGUCGCGGUAGCCGUGGUGCUAUUCUCCGUCGUUGUAAUCGCCGCCGAGGAUUACUACAAGGUGCUGGGACUCGCGAAGUCCGCGUCAGAGAGGGACAUCAAGCGCGCAUACAGAACACUAAGCAAGAAAUACCACCCGGACAAGAACCCAGCAGCACCGCAAGGGCCAAGCGGCCGCGGCAGCCACGACCCAUUCGACCUGUUCUCGCGAUUCUUCGGUGGAGGCGGACACUCGGGCCACGCGCCUGGACACCGUCGCGGACCGGAUAUGGAGGUGCGGGCGGCGCUGCCGUUGCGGGAUUUCUAUAAUGGGCGCGAGAUCAACUUCCUCGUUGAGAAGCAGCAGAUUUGUGAUGCGUGUGAGGGGACGGGAUCGAAGGAUCGACAGGUUGUUACUUGUGAUCGGUGCUCUGGGCGUGGUAUGGUUAUUCAGAAACAUAUGCUUGCGCCGGGGAUGUUCCAGCAGGUGCAGAUGCAGUGUGAUAAGUGUCAUGGGCAGGGGAAGAAGAUUAAGAAUCCUUGUCCUGUUUGUCAUGGGAAUCGGGUUGUUAGGAAUGAGGUCGAGACCAGUGCUACUAUUGAGCCCGGGAUGGGCAAGGGGACUAGGCUUGUGUUUGAGAAUGAGGCUGAUGAGAGUCCGGACUGGAUCGCUGGGGAUCUGAUUGUUAUUUUGGAUGAGAAGGAGCCUGAACUUGGGACGGAGGAGGAGGAGAAAACGGAUGGGACGUUCUUCCGGCGGAAGGGGAAGGAUCUUUUCUGGAAGGAGACUCUUUCGCUGCGUGAGGCGUGGAUGGGUGGUUGGACUCGCAAUCUUACGCACCUUGAUGGACAUGUUGUUCGUCUUGGACGUGGACGUGGUGAGGUCGUGCAACCCUUGGCUGUUGAGACUAUUGCCGGUGAGGGAAUGCCGCAUUACUCCGAAGGUCAUUUACAUGAUCACCAUGAUGAGAAUGAUGAGGCGGGUAAUCUGUUCGUUGAGUAUACUGUUAUCCUGCCGGAUCAGAUGGAGAGCGGGAUGGAGAAGGACUUCCAUGCCCUUUGGGAGAAGUGGCGCAAGAAGGUUGGAGUUGAUUUGGCGAAGGAUUCUGGGCGACCGGUUGUCUCUCCGCCGGCGGAGGAUAAGGAUGAGUUGUGA